GGCGCACGGACUGUUUCCUCCGGUAAACAAGCGGAGCAGGAGCCUGGACAUCACCGGCGGAGAGCGGAGGGGGGGAUUUCGGGGACACAGCCAUGGCGACGGGAGGAGGAGGAGGACUGAGGCGGAGGAGGAAAGCGGGGCUCCCGGGAUUCUGCUGGAAAACCUGCUACUUUCCCAUUUUGUUCUGGGUCGUCUCCGUGUGCGGAGAGGAGAAGACGCUGAUUGUGGAGACAUGGCUGAAGAACUACGGCUACCUGCUGCCUCACGACGUCCGUACGUCAGACCUGCGGCAGGAGAAAGCGAUGCAGUCCGCCGUGGCCGCCAUGCAACGCUUCUACGGCAUUCCAGUGACGGGAAUACUGGACGAGACGACUAUAGAGUGGAUGAGGAGACCUCGCUGUGGCGUCCCGGAUCAUCCUCACACCAGCCGCCGGCAGAGGAAUAAACGCUACGCCCUGACAGGACAGAGAUGGAGAGAUAAAAAGAUCUCCUACAGCAUAUCUAACUUCACCCCUAAAGUGGGAGAGAAGGACACCCAGAGAGCGAUCCGACAAGCCUUCAACGUGUGGCAGACGGUCACUCCGCUCUCCUUCCAGGAGGUGCCAUACUCAGAGAUUAAGAACGAGGGUAAGGAGGCCGACAUCAUGAUCUUCUUCGCCUCUGGUUUCCAUGGUGACAGCUCUCCAUUUGAUGGAGAAGGGGGUUUCCUGGCCCACGCCUACUUUCCCGGCGCUGGGAUCGGAGGAGACACACACUUUGACUCUGACGAGCCCUGGACGCUGGGCAACGCCAACCACGACGGUAACGAUCUGUUCCUGGUGGCGGUCCACGAGUUGGGUCACGCGUUGGGUUUGGAGCACUCCAACGAUCCCAGCGCCAUCAUGGCUCCUUUCUAUCAGUACAUGGACACGCACAACUUCAAACUGCCUCUGGACGACCUGCAGGGCAUCCAGAAAAUCUACGGCAUCCCCACUGCCAUGCUGGAGCCCACCAGGCCGUUACCCACCUUACCAUCUCGGCGGACACACUCCACCUCCGAGCGCAAGCAUGACCGUCACUCCCGUCCGGCGCGGCCGCCCGGCGACCGGCCCGCGCUGCCUGGAAAUGGCAAACCCAACAUCUGCGAUGGCAACUUCAACACUGUGGCCUUCUUCAGACGGGAGAUGUUUGUCUUCAAGGACCGGUGGUUUUGGCGUCUGAGGAACAACAAGGUGCAGGAGGGUUAUCCCAUGCAGAUCGAUCAGUUCUGGAAGGGCCUGCCGCCUCGCAUCGACGCCGCCUACGAGAGAUCUGAUGGCAAAUUUGUCUUCUUCAAAGGCGAUAAGUACUGGGUGUUUAAGGAGGUGACGGCUGAGCCGGGUUACCCUCACAGCCUGGUGGAGCUGGGCAGCUGCCUCCCCAAAGACGGCAUCGACACGGCGCUGCGCUGGGAGCCCGUUGGGAAAACCUACUUCUUCAAAGGGGACCAGUACUGGCGCUACAACGAGGAGAAGCACGGCGACCCCGGGUACCCCAAACCCAUCACUGUGUGGAAGGGAAUACCGGACGCACCGCAGGGAGCCUUCAUCAGCAGGGAGGGAUACUACACGUACUUCUACAAGGGGAAGGAGUACUGGAAGUUCGACAACCAGAAGCUGACGGUGGAACCCGGCUACCCCAAGUCCAUCUUGCGCGACUGGAUGGGCUGCGACCAGUCUGACAUGGAGCGCUCCGGCAGCAAGGGUAACCGCGGAGACCGCCAGCUGCCCCUGGACGACGUGGACAUCAUGGUGACCAUCAACGACGUACCGACGACGGUCAACGCCAUCGCCGUGGUGAUCCCGUGUAUUCUGUCGCUGUGCAUCCUGGUGCUGGUGUACACGAUAUUUCAGUUUAAAAACAAAGGGGUGCAGCAGAACACCAUGACGCAGCACUACUACAAAUACCCGGUUCAGGAGUGGGUAUGACAGGCAACUUUCCUUUGAAGAGGUCAAAGUUCAUGGAUUGAAGGGGGUCAAGCAGUCGUCAUACUGUUCGCUCACUUCGGUUGGCUGAUGGCCACGAACAAACAAACACAAAAAAACAAAACAAUGGAAAGUAAAUGCUGAGAGACGCUAAUUGUGCAAGCCGGUGAUCGGAGGGCGGACACUGAAGAGGAGCUGCAGGACCAGAUUUAGACAUUGGCUCAGUGUGUGUGUGUGUGAGUGUGUGUGUAUGCAAGUUUGUGUGUGAGAGAGAUUUGUGUCUGUCUUGUGACACAAGCACUCCAAGGAUACUGAUUUUGGCUUUUGGCAACGAUGCGAAAAACAAACAUGACUGAGGACAACAAGAACAAGUCCAGGAGGACCAGAUUGGCUAUGAACACACCUGAUUUGCCCAAAACCUCUCUGGCUAAGCGAAAUGCGGUCUUCAUGAGCGAUGCUGAACUUUGAUUAUUUCUCCUGGGACCGACAACACGACUCAUCUUCUCAGUGAAAAUAAAAAAGAAAAGAGGAUUCGGGGCAGAAAGAAGAUGCUCCUUGAAGCCAGACACCACCUCCAAGUUUGUCUGAACGACAACUUAUACACGUGAACUACUUCAACUAUCAAGUCAGAUGAAAUUUAAUGAGAAAAAAAAGAAAAGAAAUGUUUUCAAAAUAUCAAACUUGAAGAUAAAAUGUAGGUAGAAAGGCCAUAACAAAAAGAAAACCAAGGAUCUCUUUGUGGAUCUCUGAAUUUUAUUUAACUUAUUUAUUGUUUUAUGGAACUGUAAAACUGUCAAAGAGGACCUUUUUCUCUCUUUUUUCACAACACACAACAAAACACACCAUUAACUCACGUCUUUCUCAGUUUAAAACUCCCCUGAUGUGAUUUACACAGCUUGGACUGAGGGGUUUUUGCAGAUGUAGAAUAGCUGGUCAUCAGCAUAUAAUGAUAGAAUAGAUGAAUGACAGUUCAACAGCCUUAUCUCUGGCUCAGCAGGCCUAAAAUAUUUGCUUAUAUUUAACACACUGCACAUAA